CACACCUCCAUUGUUCUGAGAUCACUGAUCAGAGUAUAAUAGAACCACAUGUCAAACUCUGAGUGGUUGCUAAUAAAGAUGUAUUCAUACAUCAAACCUAUUUACAUGUCACUAAGGAGGGUAAACUGUACAGGUUGUUUACAGACAGAAACAAAUUGUUUGUAUGUAUGCUGGAUGCUCCCUGACUGGUUAGCUGCAAACAACUUAUUUCUGAUGAAAGUUAAAUUAAACAACCACAUUCCAGGUAAACUUGCACCUGUGCACAGGUAGCUCUGCAGACAGUCAUAGCUGUCCUGCAGCUGCCUGUGGGGGGAGGGGGGCAUUUGCAUCUGUACACAGGCUGAGAAUCAGAGUGUGACACUCUGAUUCAGCCAGCUUUCAUUUAAGUCAUUAUUUCUGCUCUAGGAGACCAGGGUAAAAUGAGUCUGCUUGUCCUGUAUCUCUUACAUUUUUUGCGUGCGUUCAGGGUAAAAUUCUCCCACUUCAAGUUAAAUUAAACAACCACAUUCCAGGUAAACUUGCACCUGUGCACAGGUAGCUCUGCAGACAGUCAUAGCUGUCCUGCAGCUGCCUGUGGGGGGAGGGGGCAUUUGCAUCUGUACACAGGCUGAGAAUCAGAGUGUGACACUCUGAUUCAGCCAGCUUUCAUUUAAGUCAUUACUUCUGCUCUAGGAGACCAGGGUAAAAUGAGUCUGCUUGUCCUGUAUCUCUUACAUUUUUGGGUGAGUUCAGGGUAAAAUUCUCCCUCUUCAACAGGAUCACAUUUACUAUACUAUCUAUAGCCUAGAGUCAGGCCUUUCACUGGAGACCAACAUUGUUUAUUUUGAAACUUGUGUCUGCCUGGUGUCAGAGGUCAGAUCUCUUAAAGUUUUUGGUAUGUACUUCUGCCUAGCAUUUUCAGAAAUAUGGUUGAUGAUACACACAUUUAAAGCUUUCCUCUUCCUCUGUACUGCAAGCCCAGGCCUACAAAUCAAACAUUUCCCAAAAUUUCAGGCUCAGUAUUUCAGGCCAACAUUGUAUGUAAUGAUCAGAAUAAUCAGAUUUCCCUACACUGAACAUGUAUUAAAAUGUGUUAUGUAACUCAUCCUUGUCAUUUCUUACAUUUGACUUACUUUAUUUAAAAACAAAUCAGUCAUGGUCAGCCCACCCCCCUCUUGGCUGCUGCAGAAAGGUGGGAGGGACUAUCAAGUGGACAUAUAAGGUGAGACCUCAGAGGCACCAUGUACUCAGUUCUUCAAGAAAACACUGAAGAUUCCUCCUGCAUUUUUCUUUGUUUGUAAACUAGCUUUUUCAUUUGCGAAGAAUGGCUCCCAAGCGUGACAAGGAUCGCCGCAUCGUUUCCUGUCUGCAGUGUUUCAGACCACAGGAGCUGUUGCCUAACCACCUGUUAAGAGUCUGCCUGAAGAACCACACAAAUGAGGAGAGGAAUGCAGAGGUGGACAGAGCCAAAAAGUCGAUGAAGGCCUGGACCCUUCAAGGCAGAACCUGGGACUACAACGUCAUGGUCAGGCGGUACCCCGAUGAGGCUUCCAGACAGGCUCUUCUGGAAGACCUUCGUGACAUGCAUUUUUUAAUUCUUAAUGACCCCAUGGACACACCUGCUGAAUCCAGUCACAGACCACCAGGCGCUGCAGUUGAAACUUGCAACAAAAAACCUGCUCAGCCGACUCUCCAAGACUGCCAGAGAGUCCUCAGAGUGUCACAGAUGGACAUGCUGGACAUCCGCAGGAGGCUCCUGGAUCAGCAGCAUGUGGAAGAAGACCAAAAGACGCUGUUCCGUUACUUCUGCGAAGCCAUCCUGGUCCUGAGAUACUUCCAGCGACCAGAAGCAGUGAGGGCAUUUACAGCUUCAGAUUGGGUCAACAAGACACAUGUUGAGGGACGAAUCCGAAUGGGGGUCAGUGAACUGACAGCGUCCACAAAGAAGAGUGCAACAUUUUCCCUCGCAGUGGAGGACUCUGCUAUGCUGGACGCAUACUUCCAGAAGGUUCGUCCAGCAUGUCUGCAGGACAGUGUGGACGACCAGGGCAGAUUUUUCCUGUCCAAACAGGGCAUACCAGUUGGCAACGUUGCGAGCGACCUCAACCGUCUGCAUGAACAGUAUGAAUUACCAAGCUUUUCAAGCCAAGAAGUGAGAAGAGCCCACAGAUUCAGUACUUCGACAUGCUCUCCUUCUGAUGAGCCGGCUGAUGAGAGGAUAGGUCGGAAAAAGAAGCGAGGCAGAGGCGCAGCUGACCAGGAUGACAGGGACUUUGGAGCGUUUCUCCAGCACUUCCCGGCGACGGCGAGUAGCACCCCACCCACGAAAAAAAAACGGACCGCUGCAGGGUUUCCACCUGACAGAGUCUUUUAUGACAGGUGGAGGUCUGUGCAGUUUGCCAAGCGGGAGGAGCACCUCUUGUCCCAGUGUUCGAGACGGCCCCCGACAGUCAGCAAGGUGUCAUUGCUCAUCCAAAAAGAGGGUUGGACUGCCAACUGUCCUCGCCCCGAGAACGUAGUGGCAAAGUGGAAACCAGUCAGUAGGGUGCAGGUGGAGACGGAUCCAUGGAUCCUCACUACGCUCCAUAGUCAAAAGUGGACAGGCCUGGCCCUCAAGGACUUUGGUGGCACAAAAGGACAUGGAGUUGUUGCCACCAAAGCCUUUUCCAUGGGAUCCAUUGUUUGCGAUUACCAUGGCAAGGUAAUCACAGGAGCAGAGGGCCGGAAGAUGAUGGAGUCCAUCCAGGAUGAGAUGGGCUACCUUUUCUUUUUCCAUGGUGGUGGUCGGGACCUCUGCGUAGAUGCUCAGACUUUCCCGUGUGGGUGUCACCCAACAGAAGACACCAUGGGCCGGAGGAUCAAUCAUUCCUCCAAGAAGGCAAACCUGAGGCCAGUCUAUUGCAGGAUGAACUUCCCUGAAGGAGAGAGGGAUGUCAUCCUGUUGCAGGCCACAAGAGACAUUGAUAUCUGUGAGGAGCUGCUUUUUAAUUAUGGCGUCAAGCGCACAUCUUUUCGGGGAGAAGGACUGAACCUCGACUGGCUGGAUGAGUGAACAAAAUGCCAUUCAUUCAACACUCUUGCAAUAAUAUCUAUAUACACAGCAUGUUGUAUGCACAUUGCAAUUGUUUUUAACUUGACACUUAUCUUAAUUUUAUUAUGUACAUAACAGUGUCUUUGAUUUUUUGUUAUCUCCCCUGUACAUAGCAAACAAUAAAGAUUCGACUAUAAGCACUGUAA